GCGUUCACACACCGCUGGGAGGAGGGGGGAAGAGGCAGGGCUGCAGGAAACCGAGCACCGAUGAACAGCUAAAACGGCCCGGGAAGCUGAAGAAGAGAGAACGGAAACGGCACCUAUCAUCAGCCCUAAACCAUUUCCCCUUCAUGAGCUGGAGGUGAGAAAUAAAUCGUACCCAAAUGACCGGAGGACAAGCUGGACUCCGUCCCCUGCUCCGGCCUGGAGAGGAACAGUAGGACAGGAUUUCUACCACUGAGCAGCUCCAGCUUGGGCAUGUUUUUGCCCUCAUGCAGAGAUCGAGGUGCGGAAUCCCCCAUGUGAAGAUCGUUACAUUUCUUUCCCCGUUUUGACGCAUUGAUGAUCGAGCGGAUUUCCAAAUGAUUAUCCUAUUUCAUAUGGCAUGAUCUUGGGAAGCGACAUCAGCGCGCUAAAAGAAGUAAAGCCCCCUUGUCUGUGCUGCCUGGAGGACCUGGAGGACUGUCUGUGACUGUUUCACUGUUCACUUUAAAAAGGCAGACUGUGUUUGAUUGCUUGUUAGUAGUCGAGAUUUUCUUCAUCCGCCCUGUUGAAUAACUCAAUAACUGUGACAGGAGAUUAAAGGUGCGGUCUGAGGAUCGGACAGCAUUAAUCUCUGCCACCAUGGUGGUCUUCAACGGGCUUCUGAAGAUAAAGAUCAUUGAGGCACUGAACCUGAAACCUACAGCCUGGUCUUUAAGGCAUGCUGUUGGACCGAAGUCGCAGAGCUUUUUGCUGGACCCCUACAUUGCCCUCAAUGUGGACAACUCACGAGUGGGUCAAACAUCCACAAAGCCAAAGACAAACAGUCCUGCAUGGCAUGAUGAGUUUGUAGCUGAAGUGCGUGAUGGGCACAAAAUUGAGCUGUCGGUUUUUCAUGACGCGCCCAUUGGCUAUGAUGACUUUGUGGCCAACUGCACCAUCCAGUUCGAGGACCUGCUGCAGAACAGCAGCAAGCACUUCGAGGACUGGAUUGACUUGGAGCCAGAGGGAAAGGUGUUUGUCAUCAUUGACUUGACUGGAUCUUCCAGUGAAGCAGGCAGCUUUGAAAAUGAGGAGAGAGUGUUUCGUGAGCGUAUGCGACCCAGGAAAAGGCAGGGAGCGGUGCGGAGGAGAGUGCAUCAGGUCAACGGCCACAAGUUCAUGGCCACCUACCUAAGACAACCUACCUAUUGCUCACACUGCCGUGAGUUCAUCUGGGGAGUUCUAGGAAAGCAGGGCUAUCAGUGUCAAGUGUGCACAUGUGUGGUCCACAAACGAUGUCAUGAGCUUAUCAUAACCAAGUGUGCAGGACUAAAGAAGCAGGAGGACACAGCUGAGGAGGUGGGUUCUCAGCGCUUCAGUGUGAACAUGCCUCACAAAUUCAGCAUUCACAACUACAAAGUGCCCACAUUCUGUGACCACUGCGGCUCGUUACUGUGGGGGUUGAUGAGGCAAGGACUGCAGUGUAAAGUAUGUAAGAUGAAUGUACACAGACGAUGUGAAAGCAACGUAGCCCCAAACUGCGGCGUCAAUGCACGGGGCAUUGCUAAAGUGCUGUCUGACCUCGGAGUGACGCCAGAUAAAAUCUCCAGCAGCGCACAGCGGAGGAAAAAGAUUAGUCAAGGUGCAGACCCUCAGCCUCUGCCAAUAUCUCCACAAACAGAAGAUGAUCGCUCCAAAUCGGCACCCACUUCACCAUGUGACCAGGAUAUAAAGGAUCUGGAGAACAUCAGGAAAGCGUUGUCUUUUGAUCACCGUGGGGAGGAGCUGAAAUCAGAUCCAGCUUCAUCCCCGAAUGAGGGCCGAUCAGCAGAGACAGGGGAGGGUCGAGAGAACGGGGAAGUAAAGAUUCUGCAGUCUAAAAGAAUGUGCCUGGAUGACUUCAACUUUAUUAAAGUGCUUGGCAAGGGCAGCUUUGGCAAGGUGAUGCUGGCUGAGCUCAGAGGCACAGACGAGGUGUAUGCCGUAAAGGUGCUGAAGAAAGACGUGAUCCUGCAAGAUGAUGAUGUGGAUUGCACUCUUACAGAGAAACGCAUACUGGCUCUGGCCAGAAAACACCCGUACCUGACCCAGCUUUUCUGCUGCUUCCAGACCAAGGAUCGUCUGUUCUUCGUGAUGGAAUAUGUGAACGGAGGGGAUUUGAUGUUCCAAAUUCAGCGCUCACGCAAAUUCGACGAAGCCCGCUCUCGUUUUUACGCUGCUGAAGUCACCUCGGCUCUCAUGUUUCUCCACAGGAAUGGGGUUAUUUACAGAGACCUCAAACUGGAUAAUAUCCUGUUAGACGCUGAGGGCCACUGCAAGCUUGCUGACUUUGGCAUGUGCAAGGAGGGCAUUUUGGAUGGCAUCACCACUACUACAUUCUGUGGUACACCCGACUACAUCGCACCUGAGAUCCUGCAGGAGCUGGAGUACGGACCAUCAGUGGACUGGUGGGCCCUAGGUGUGCUUAUGUAUGAGAUGAUGGCAGGCCAGCCACCAUUUGAGGCUGAUAAUGAGGAUGACCUGUUCGAGUCCAUCCUCCAUGACGACGUGCUCUAUCCAGUGUGGCUCAGCAAAGAGGCAGUCAGCAUCCUCAAGGCGUUCAUGACGAAGAGCCCCAAUAAGCGGCUGGGCUGUGUGGUGUCACAGGGCCUGGAGGAAGCCAUUAAAGUGCAUCCGUUCUUUAAAGAGAUUGACUGGGUGCUGCUGGAACAGAGGAAAAUUAAGCCACCUUUCAAACCCCGAAUUAAAACCAAGCGGGACGUCAAUAACUUUGACCAAGACUUCACACGCGAAGAGCCUGUGCUUACUCCAGUAGAUGAUGCCAUCAUCAAACAGAUCAAUCAAGAUGAGUUUAAGGGCUUCUCCUACUUUGGUGAAGAAGCUCUGUCCUAGGAUUUAAAAAAUUGAAUCUCCUGCAUUUUCUUUAUCUGCUACACAGUGGCAUUGUUCACCUUUGAGAACUGAAUGAAGACCAUCUACAGUGUGGGUUUACAUGCAGCUGUUUUUUAUUUUGUUUGUUUGUUUUUGAGUUCUGUAUUUUAGGAUUUUUAUGUUGAAGAACACAAAAGGUCUUUCAGUUGAACAAGUCAGUGCAAGUCUAUACAAUCAUAUACACACAUAUUACACACACUCAAACACACAGUGAUAAAAAUGUUUGCAUAAGCAGAUACCUUGUUCAACAUUUACAUUAAAAAGAAGCCCAAGUACUUUAAUGUAAUCAUGAUGUUAAUAAUAACUUUAUUGUUAUAAUAUCAGCUGAGGAGUUUAUUGGAGGAGUACUUUGCAUUUUAUUUGUCUUCUCAAGUGAAGCAUUGUGCGUUUAAAUUUCACUGGCUCAUAUGUGGCUAGUCUUAGUUUCUUCUGGAAUUAGUUAUUAUUUCAUGUCUGGAAUUAAUGUUAAACUUCAUUUUAAGCUAUCAGUUGAGAGUCUGCUUUCGCCUCAUACACAGUAUAUAUACAGUAGGGUUCAAAAGUCUAAGGUUAUUUUGAAAGGUUUUUCAUUCAUUCAUUCAAUUGGAAAGAAACAGAAGGUUUUAGAACGUUAAGGGAAGAAAAAAAAAAACAAAAAUUGAAAACCAAAAAAAUUAAAUAUCUAGAAUUUUUUUAAUAUUUCAAAUUCUGCACUAUUUCUAGGUCCCUUUUUAAAUGUAAGCGAAUGUACGAUUCUAAUCACGUUAACUGCUAAGUACAAAUCGUCUGAAUUUCCUCAUGUCCAAUCUCUUCUAUUGUUCAGACGACACUGAUUAAUUUUUCCUUUAAGCUCAAGUUGUUGUCAACAAUAUAAUUUGUAAUGAAAUUACAAAUUUUAAUGAUUUUUUUUAAGCUUUUGGACCCAACUGUGUUUGGAUGUGUAUAUACCAUACCAUAUCAGUGAAGAAAAGUAUUUACCAUAUCAACAUUUAAAAAUUCCAUUCUAUUGAAGCUAUUUACAAAGACAUCUGUACUAAUUCAGUAAAGAUAUACAGUUAAAGAAAUUGUAAUGUUCUAAUCUGUAUAAAAAAAGGUCCUGUGCAUGCGUGUGGAAUGACACAGAAUGGAAGUAUUUCACAUGGUAAGAAAAAGCACUAAACCACUUGAUUGCAAUAAUUAGUUCUACUAACUGAGCUAAUUAAAAGCAGGUUUGUUCUUCUUGGAUGUUUAUUACUUCUACUCCAGCAGCAAAGCAGUUGUACUGGUAACUGAUGUGUUUCUAAACUCCUAAAUGUUGUUAUAAGCACUAUGACCACUGGAACAGUACGCACAACAUCUGUGUGGUCAGACUAGACGAAACUGUCACUUUGCAGAAAACUUUUCUGCAAUGAUACGAUGCACUAUGUUAGCAGAAAAAUGGAUCUCAUAUCUUCAGGGAAGUUCUGAGGUGAAAAAAGAAGCAGGAUUUAUUUGUCAUGUACACAUUGACAAGAUUAAAUUCUUUGCAUUUCUCAGCUUGUUAGGAAGAUGGGAUCAGGGUGCAGGGUCAGCCAUGAUGCAGCACCCUUGCCCAACAGGGGCCAUGUACAUUUGGACAUUAUUCAGAAGAACCUAUUGUCAUCUACAAAACAUACUGCAAAGAGACUCUAGAAGAGUCUGGAAGAACAUAAAGGUGUGUCAAUGGUACAGUCAAUCAACAUUCAGUCAACAAGCUCGAUAGAAAAUGUGUUGAAAUAACCGAAGAUCAGAAUUCACCAGCAGGCUUCCUUCAAGGUUUAGGGAAAGUGUAGUAGAAUGGGAUUUUUUCAAAAUCCCACCUGAAGACUGUGAGAGAUUCGUUUCUCCAUACAGGAAGUGUCAUAAAGCUGCCACUGCAAAAGACUUGUAACCAGCUAUUAUAAUAAAUUUAAAAUUGCGUUUUAAGUCCUUCUUUUUCUGUCAGUCCACUUUAAUGCACAUAACCUUUUUAUGGAUUGGAUGCAAAAUCAAGCAAACUCAAUGAUAUUUCCAUUAAUUAUUUAAAAUGACCGCAGAUUUGGGCAAAGACACACAUUAAGCCAAAGCUCUCUUUGAUUCAAGUGUGUCUAACAUGAGUACAGUUAACAGAAAUUACAUGUGUCUUCAUUGCUAGGAGAUUUAAAGAAAAAUGCCGUGCUUGCAAUUUCCCCAAUUCCUGAAAAAAAUCUACAAGUUGCACUGCUCAUUUUGAAAAAAGCUGCAGCAGCAACAAUCACAAAAAACUCAGCAAAAGAAUGGAGUGACUGGAUUUCUUUAGGUGUAUAUAGUUUUAGCGGAUUAAUACUGAUGUCUGCUCUACAUUUCAUGUGAAUUUCAGAUUCACUACAUUUCAUAUGUUUAAUCAAAUUCAUUGUUGACAUGGAAAUACUUUUAUAGUCCCAAAUACACACACACACACACACACACACACACACACACACACAUGCACUACAUUAGAGCCAGUAUACAGACUCCUGGUCCUGGUACUAUUGGAAUAAAGUGUUGGAUCUGAGGCUGUACUUGACUUUGCUGAACAUCACAUCUGUAGUGUAGACCUUUCCUUUCUCUAUUAGCACACCAAAAACCAAAUGUAGGCAAACUACAAUCAAAGGUUUAGCUUGUUAGCUUUCUUUACAAUUCAGGGGAAUGUAUCUAAAAGAAUCCAGAAAAGUUGCCAGUCUUUUGGAUCACCCUGUAGUUUACUUUAGAAGUGUUUUUUUUUUGUUUGUUUGUUUUUUUUUACUUUAACCCGUGCCAUUCAAAGUGUUUGUGGAAAUGAUUGUGUGUCUGUUUUUUGGGGUUUGUGAGCAUGAUGUUGAGAGCGCAAGUGUCUCAUGUGUGUAUUAAAUGUAUUUAUUUUUUUAAUUAUUAUUACUGGGCUGUCUUAUUGUCAGUUGAAUAAAUUUUCUUCACUGAACCAAGGCUCAGGAUUGUGAAUGAGAGAUCAGUACCUAUUCACAUCUAUCUAUAGAACAUGUCCUGUAUAUAUACGUCUGAGGCUGAAAUAAUGGCCUUAUCUGUUGCAUGGUCAUGAAAACAACAAUAUAAUGCUAGAAUAUGAGUAUGAGUAAGAUACUGUCCAUGUGCAAUAAACUGUCUAUGGGUGACUGUCAUUUGCUUAUGAGAGUUAUAGGUUCCUCUUCUGUUCAUCUUCCCAUUUCCUUUUACCUUUUCUUUUUCUCUGUCUAAGUUUGCUGAUUGUUCUUUAUUGGUGGCUUUUUUCAGUUGUCCAGUUCAGAGGGUGCAUUUUUAGUGUGUAGCUACACUAAUAUCAGUGUACUCGUGCAUUUUCUCAGGACAAACUGGGACAACUUUCCCAGUUUGCUCUCUUAUGAUCAUAAAUGAAUGCUAAUACGGGUGGAGUGGAGCAAUUAGACGUUUGACUUUUAAAAUCUAUUGACACAGUGGUAUUUUCAAACUCUCUUUGGGCUAAAAUUAGGCUUAAAAUGUUUCCUUGAACCUGUUUUGUAGCUGUACACGAUUUAAACAUGACAAUUACCUGAUUACAACAAGCUGAAUUAUUUUAUACAUAGAUAUUGAAUGUAAAUCUGGUUGGCAGUUGGGUAAAAUUACAGCCAGAAUAUUACACAGUCAAACAAAACACAAUUCUGAACAUUAAAUAAAAACAAUUAAUUCCUUAACCAAUAUUACUGAGGUUAUAGAGAUGAAUAAUUGACCAAUCAAAAGCCAUAGUUUGGUAAUAUAUAUUAAUUAUUCUAUAAUUAUAAAAAUGUUCAUUUUUUUGGCCACAUACUUGGAAUUGAAAGUAAAUGAGGGUUGAUUUGAUUGAAUAUUUGGCUAUUGCCUAACCACUCCUCUUGAUAAUGUAUUCAUUAUACCCCCAUUUUUACAAUUAUGCUGCUGGACACCAGGUUAACACCAUCAAACUAAAAAUAGCUUAUUAAUAUUCUUUUUACAUAAUUUAACAUAAAAUACCAUAAUAUCACAUUUUGUGGAAUAUCCUUCAGUUUGUACACCUAUCAUUCAGUAACCACUUUGAAACAAAUGAAUAAAGGAAAAGUUGUUUAAUGAAGAGAGUGAGCAAUGUUUGCUUAAGCGAGUUGGCUCUGGGAGAUUGAAGCGAUCAGCCAUGUAUUUUGAGCUUGCACCAUAAUCACAAAUAUAGGUGGUAGAGACUAUAGAAAUGCACAGCAUUACUUACUUACAAACUUCUUACUUACAAAUAUCCUCUAAUCUCAUCCUUUUCCAGAUUAUAUAUUUUGAGGCUUCUUGUGAAGAUUUCUUUUGCCAUAGCAAAGACCCCCACUACAACAUCCAAACUAGCUUUAGCCAUAAUCUUCCUCCUUUUUGACAGAUAAUAAAAUGUACAGUACACGUGGUUUAUUGGUGGCCUGUCAAUUUGUGUGUCUUUUUGCAUUGUUUUGCUGCUGCUUUCACUGGACUUCUGCAAAAAGAAUCCUCACUACUUCCUUGCCAACUCUCCCUAGGGUGUUACACAUUUUAAAAUGAUAAAUGUUUUAAAUAUAAAGAUGACUCUAAAUAGGAAUCACAUUUGGGCUGUUGUACACAUUAACAAGUACCAAGAAAAUAGCAAAAUAUGCAUAUAUCCAUGUCUACAAGAAGUACCUCUUGGGAAACUGUGUAUCUAUCUCUGUCUGACUGCGUAUUAUGUAUGUACACACAGAGGUACAGUGCAAAUUAAUGUAAGUUAUGUGUAUUAUAUCACUGUAAGUAUCAUACAUGUGUAUGUAAGCAUUUUUCUUUCAUUGUAUUGUGUUGUGAAACUGUACAGUGUGUCACAAACCUUUUGUUAAUGUUUUUUGUUCCUCUGGCUUUUUAACUUUGCCAUGUUUAUUGUACGCAUUUUACUGUGCCAAAUGUACUGUACUCAAAAGAUGUGAAUGUGGAUUGUAUGUUUCGGAGCCUAUUAAAUAAGAUGGUCUUAAAAGUAAA